AUGGUCCGAUAUUUUGUCAUGGUCUCAGAUGGAGUAGGUGCUAAAAUAGCUGAGAAGAUAGAUGAGUUCUUAUCCACUGGAAAACUACGCAAAUUGGAAAAGAUUCGACAAGAUGAUACAAGUGCAUCUAUCAAUCUCCUGACACGAGUUACUGGCAUUGGUCCUGCUGCUGCUAGGAAGUUUGUCGAGGAAGGAAUUAAGACUUUAGAAGAUCUAAGAAAAAAUGAGCACAAGCUGACCCAUCACCAGCGAAUUGGGUUGAAAUAUUUUGAAGAUUUUGAGAAAAGAAUCCCAAGGGAAGAAAUGCUGCAAAUGCAGGAAAUUGUGCUGAAAGAGGUAAAGAAGGUGGACCCAAACUAUAUUGCUACAGUCUGUGGCAGUUUCAGACGAGGUGCAGAGUCAAGCGGUGAUAUGGAUGUUCUCCUAACCCAUCCGAGUUUCACAUCUGAAUCAUCCAAACAGCCAAAACUUCUGCGUCAAGUUGUAGAACAACUGGAAAAAGUCCACUUUGUCACAGAUAUGCUGUCUAAAGGUGAUACCAAAUUCAUGGGUGUCUGUCAGCUACCAAAUAAAGAAGAUGGAACAGCCUAUCCACAUAGGAGAAUUGAUAUCCGGCUUAUCCCGAAAGAUCAGUAUUACUGUGGUGUACUGUAUUUCACAGGAAGUGAUAUAUUCAAUAAGAACAUGAGAACUCAUGCUCUGGAAAUGGGCUUCACGAUCAAUGAGUAUACAAUCCGUCCCUUGGGUGUCACUGGAGUUGCUGGGGAGGCCCUACCAGUAGAAUGUGAAAAAGACAUCUUUGACUAUAUCCAGUGGAAAUACCGAGAGCCAAAGGAUCGGAGUGAAUAACUGCUUGUCUAGGUGCUCAGGUGUAAUCAUUGUGCUGCUCUGCUGACUACUGUUUGACAAGAUGAACUGAAGCCACAGUCACGGUGCUGAAAAAAUUCUGGAUGUUGAGCAGUGUCACUGAGAACUAACUGGCUUGCAGAUUUUGGUCUGGAAAUGAUGUGCACAGUGAAGCCUAGAAGCACAGCCUGAGGUGCAAAGGCAGCUUUCUCCCUCUUGACCUAUGAUAAGCAGCAUGUGAUCUGUCCUUUCUUCAGCCACUCUAUCUUGUCCACAGAUUCCUCCUAGCUGUCCUCCCUGUGACAAAUCAAUGUUCAACAUGCCCUGGCCAUGGAUUAGUGACCUUCUUCCCCAGCCUCAUUCUGGCUUUCUCCUUUUAUUCAGCCCCAAAUGUCCUACUGAAAUGAUUUAAGAGAUCCAGAGCAAAUCCUAAGGUUUCCAUGUUUUCCCAUGUCAGGACACACAACGUUACACCGUCAUGCAUGCUGAAGUGUGGUUUCUUUUAGACAAGAGCCCUCCCUUGCCAGUUCUGAACAAAUUUGUAUCUCCUUUGCGGAUGUUUCUCUUAUCCAGAAAUUAAUCCUUGUUCACUGGCUAAGCAUCUGUUACAGGUUUGGCGAGGUAUGCAGACAUUUUAUAAACGUGUGGAAAUUCUUGAUGUAUAUAAAAGAUUGUUUUCUGCCUCCUCUGCACUAGCUCUGCUGCCAAGUUCGCUGUUUUAAGUGGUGUGCUUUUCUUUUACUAAACAAUGUAUCUGCUAAUGUCUUCCCUAUAGAGUUUGUCCAACUGAAACUGGCUGCAAGAACUGCUGUUGUGGCUUUUAAAACCACAAGGAUGUGUGCCUGUGUAGAGAUUGUUCUGACACAAUUGCCUCUGUCUUUGUUCUCUGUGUCUUUGAUUAGAGUGCAGUUGCAUAUUCUGGAGAACUCCUUGGAAGUUCUCCAGAAUAGUUUUUCUAUGUAUCCAUUUUUCCAGUUGGGUAAGCAGGUGUGUGAGUGCUCACAGUUCUUAUUUUAUGUGCUUAGCUCUUAGUGUAAUGGGCUUUAUGAGUGGUACAGCAAUGCAGAUGACUGUUUGCAAUUGUCAGGAGCUCCCAAGAGCUUUAUGUUGCCCAAAGACAGCAAUAGCAGAAAGCGUUCCAUUUCUUUUUCUUCAUCUAAGAACAUCACUAUGCACAUUAACUAGAUAACUGCACAAUUCUUAUAACAGUAAUCCCAUUCCUCAUAACUGAGUCUAAAACAAAGGAAUGUUGUCAUUGCAUGUGACACAGUGUGGAGGUUAUGGUUGUAGACAUAGGCUUUUGCCAGGAUGGACCUUGCCUUUAUUUACAAAGUAAAGGAAAUGCCAAUACAGAACAGCAUUGUGGGUGUACCUCUGCUGCUAAUUUAGUGUCAGAGGAGGCAGCUGAGAGCAAAUAGCUACAUGUUUCAGAUAUGCUGUGAAAGGAAGAGGAGAAAUGCCACUGAGUUGCGCUAGAGAAAGGGGAUGAGAAUUCUAAUAAGACACUACAGUCUCUGAAUAGUGUUGAUACUUUGCCUUGUGGUGCAUUUGUCAUGGUACUUUGAGUGAAAAAUCAGCCUAUCUUUCUUUUUCUCCUGAUAUUCUUAAACAUUCAGAGAUUUAUACCUGCAUAAAUUUUUAAAGACAGAAAGGUCCAUUCUCAAUGAAGGUCACAGAUCCUCUUUUUUAUGUAAAUGUUACUUUUUUUCUUGUUUUUUGACAUCAAGCCUUGAGCCAGAAAUGUUGUGAUGAAGAAUAAGCAAAGUCUCUGGGUUUUUAGCAGUUUAAAGAAAAAAAAAAAAAGAAAAGAAAAAACCCAACCACCCAAUUUAAAUAAUACAUAAAAUUGUUUAACGUAGGCUUUUAACAGACAACUGUUUAAUCUAGUACCAACAAUCCUGCUUCUGAAGGCAGACUGCACCUCUUCUUGGUUAACCAGCCUUCUCCUGGUUAAGAGAUUGAAAUUUUGAACUGAUGUAGGUAUUUGCCCGCUCAGAACUGCAUAUUGGUCUGCUAGAUCGAUCUUCUGAUCUGUUUCUAGUUCUUUUUUAUCUUAUGUAUGUGUAGACACUGGAAUGAGAAAGCUGGCUGUGUCCUGAAGUAGUACUAAAGAAUACCAUUUUCAACUACUAUCUGUAUCUCCUUAUCUCUGUGUUAAGUGUCCUGGUGCAGUGCUGAAGCUUAUGCUGAGCUGUUUCCAUGUCCUUACUUCUAAAACCUUUCAAUAUGGCCAUAUGCUAAUGUGACCAUUCUGCUGUUGCACGUGACCCACAUUCUUUGUUCCUAGAUAUGUUGUAGUACUAUCGGUUGCAGUGUUCUGUAUUUUGUUCAACUUGCCAUUACCCAGAAGACUGGUCUGAUUAAUUGAUGCAUUUCUACCACUCCUAUAGAGUCAAUCUGCUCUUUUUUAUAUGCAAACCUCUCAGCUCUGAUUUUAUAGCUCCUCUUAAAUCAUUGUGAAAGGUAAUGACUAUUUUGGAUGUGAGGGUUGGUCCUGUCAAGAUUGUAUUACUAGCUGUAUUUGGGACAGGGAUUCUGUUGGUUAACUUAAAACUUAACUAGUUUUAAGUAUUAAACUACUAACUUGGACGUAUUAUAGAGCAUCAGCAUGGAAUGUAUUGCUGCUACUGUAUUUGAAUACCUUCUAGGAGUAUAGGGCAAAUGUAUUACAGAAUUGCAAGCUUGAAAAGGCAAGACUAUUUUAUACAUAGUCAAAUUGACUAUUGCUAAUUAUGUAACACUCUUCUUGAUUUGUUAAUCAUUAGGUCUUCUAUCUGCCUUUAUGGGGGCAGAGAGGAGUUUGCAUCUGUAUUGUCAGACUAUGUAACCUGACUUGAAUGAUAAAACAAAGACAGAUGUAAUAGCGUUUAUCUGACUUAAGCCUACAAAACAACUACAUUUUUACUUGUUCUUAUACCAAUUAGUGUUGAUCAGUCUUAGUAGUGGAGAUUAUAGACUGAUACUUUAUUUUCUUCCUUUUUUUUCCCUUUAUUUUCUUGUUUUUCCUGUUGGGAUUUUAAUUAUUUUCUGGGAAUGUUCCCCAGCCCUAAUGCAUGCAGUGGUAUGUAAGGUGACUAGAAGUUAACUUGGUACUAUAUGAAGUCUUAUGAUGCCUCAUAGUAAAAAUAUAUAUAGCUGAUGUAUUUGGUGUUUUCUUCAGUAAUCAGUGGGAAUAAACAAAGUGAGAAUUCCAUCAUGAA